AUGAAAACCCUUUCUGAAAUUAUCAAAACAGCUGAAAUCCUAGUAGUGGCUAUUAGAAAAGCAGAGUUUAUAAAGGACAAUUGGAUAAGUCUUGGUGUAGUAGUCAUUGAUAUUGGAACUAAUACAAUUAAAGUAGUAUCAUACAUAAUACCAGUUCUUGGUAGUGUAGGUCCGAUGACUGUUGCAAUAUUGUUACAAAACACAGUAGAAAGCGCCAAAAGCGAUAUCGAUAUUACAACUUCACAAACAUCUAAACAUAUUAAAGUUCUGACUGAAGAAUUGGAACUGAUCUCGAAUAAGUUUGACUUAUAUGGGCAAUACAAAGCCAAAGAUAUAUGUUUAGAAAUUGCAAGCUAUCUCACUUUAUAA